CAGAGGAGUCAGUGUGUACUUUAUCAAAACCAUGUGCACCGCAGCGAGCAAUCAGCCCAAUGCAAACUGCUGACAGACACUUGCUGGACUCUGGGCUUGACAGGACUGCUCGUCACUGAUGCCAAAGGUCUUAUAUAAUUGAGCCAUGUGGCACUGGCAACGACCUUUUUUGCAACACCAAGCACCAAUGAAUUAAGUGCGCAAUAAUGUCAAAUGGAUAUUGUUGGAUUGAAUUUCUUAAUGUGAACUGCGUUCUGGAGCACAACUUUAGCCCCUUGAAGGUACAAAACAUAAGCAGAUCAUGAGUCAACAGGGAGAGAAUAAAUGGACCCACAUCUUUCCCUUUAUAAUGGUGUCUUUGGUGUAUUCUGCUCAGUCUGAGCAUGCAAACUGUGGUGAAAACGAGUAUUAUAAUCAAACUACAGGCAUGUGCCACAGCUGUCCAGAGUGUGAGCCAGGAGAGGAGCCUUAUAUGAAUUGUGGAUAUGGCUUUAAAGAUGAAGAUUAUGGUUGCAUUCCUUGCUUACCGGACAAGUUUUCCAGAGGAGGCUAUCAAAUAUGUAGAAGACAUAAAGACUGUGAAGGAUUCUUUCGAGCUACUGUUUUAACACCUGGGGACAGUGAGAAUGAUGCAGAAUGUGGACCUUGCCUUCCUGGGUUCUACAUGUUGGAGAACCGUCCUAGGAAUAUCUAUGGAAUGGUCUGCUACUCUUGUGCUUUGGCUCCCCCAAACAUUAAGGAAUGUGUUGGAUCUUCAGCCCUUGUUUCUGGCCGUUCCACUAGCACCACAGGAUCUAGUACAAUCUCAACUUUCCAGCAUGCACACAAAGUAGAUGCCCCCGGACAAGGUCAUUUGGCUACUGCUCUAAUAAUUGCAAUGUCUACAAUAUUCAUCAUGGCCAUUGCUAUUGUCCUCAUCAUCAUGUUCUACAUUGUGAAGACCAAGCCUUCCUCACAAGCAUGUUGCACCAGCCAUACAAAAAAUGUAGAGGCACAAGUCAAUCAAGAGGAAGAGAAAAAAGAAGUACCAGCAGAAAAUGUUGUCAUCUUCUCUGAAAAGGAAGGAUUUGAAAAGAUAACAGAAACACAGACCAAAACUGAAAAGAAUGAAAAUGAUGCAUCAUCAGAAAAUGAGCGUCUACUGAGUCGUAGCAUGGACAGUGAUGAGGAGGCAGCGAUUGACAAGUUGGGAACAGCAGAACUCUGCCUCUUAUCUUUAGUGCAUUUAGCUAAGGAUAAGUCUGCUAUAAACAACAAACUUACAGGGAUUCACAGUCGGCGGAAAAAGAUUCUCGAUCUUUAUGCCAGUGUGUGCAGUGCUGCAGAAGGUCUGAGCCCUACUGAGCUACCAUUCGAUUGCCUAGAAAAGACCAGCAGAAUGCUAAGUUCAACUUAUAAUACAGAAAAAGCCAUAGUAAAAACAUGGCGCCACCUAGCGGAGAGUUUUGGUCUGAAAAGAGAUGAAAUUGGUGGAAUGACAGAUGGACUGCAGCUGUUUGAUCGCAUCAGUACGGCUGGGUACAGCAUUCCAGACCUAUUAACAAAAUUGGUACAGAUUGAGAGACUGGAUGCAGUGGAAUCCUUGUGUGCAGACAUUGUGGAGUGGGCACAGCUAACACCCUCAGUCACUGCUCCUUCCAUAUCCAAAUGUGAAACUUCAUGAUUAGACAUUGUAUUUAGACACUUUUCAGGACAUUAUACCCCCAAUGGAUCAUUGGAAGCCUCAUGGGUCAAGGAGUGCUAAUUACAGCACAAGAUGUAGCAACAAGGAAGAGGAGUAUGAAUGAGGACACGUGAACCUAAAGUAGCUGUAAAAAGAACAUGCAAACUGGGUUUUACAGAUGAUUUGGUAUAUUUUCAGGAUCAUACAGCAUUUCUCUGGUGUUUUGACUUCUUUGGACUGUGUGAAGCUUUUGACUUAAAAAAGCAGCCAUCCUGUGCAAUCUUACCAAAUGACAUUCCUCUGCUGAAAUGGAAAUAUUAAUCACCAAGAAUUUUACAUGCUAUUUUACAUGCUUCAGCUGAAUUUCUGAUUCAGCUCUGACUAAUACCGGCCAUGUUAUCAUGAUAUGCAGUAUUUUAUUGUAUGCCAAAAUUAUUGCCAAAAGAACAAUAAUAUCACCCUUGAUAACUGUUAAUACUAUUUGCUAUAUCUUUUCACUGCUGUGACUGUUUUUUGUGCAAUUAGUGUAGCCCAGCAUUUCUAUAUCAGAUGCUAAACUUAAAACUUAUAGUCCUUAAAUGUGAAAGUAUUCAAAGACAUAGUGCUCCUUCACUGCUGUCCUUGCAUAUGGUUUUGGGUCCUAUGGUGCUUAAGAGAUGUUUUAUUUUGACCCUACAAAUAAAGACUUUAGGAGUGAGAAGAGAAACUACACUUAGACAAACCUGGUGAAAUCUAUUACAAAUACUACUAAUCUCUACCAAUAGCUUAAAGGGACAGUCUACACCAGAAUAUUUAUUGUUUUAAAAGAUAGAUAAUCCCUUUAUUACCCAUUUCCCAGUUUUGCAUAACCAACACAGUUAUAAUAAUAUACUUUUAACCUCUGUGAUUAUCUUGUAUCUAAGCCUCUGCAAACUGCCCCUUUUUUCAGUUCUUUUGACAGACUUGCAGUCUAGCCAAUCAGUGCCUGCUCCCAGAUAACUUCUCGUGCACGAGCACAGUGUUAUCUAUAUGAAAUACGUGAACUAACACCCUCUAGUGGUGAAAAACUGUUAAAAUGCAAUCUGAAAGAGGUGGGCUUCAAGGUGUAAGAAAUUAGCAUAUGAACCUCCUAGGUUAAGCUUUUAACUAAGAAUACCAAGAGAACAAAGCAAAAUUGGUGAUAAAAGUAAAUUGGAAAAUUGUUUAAAAUGACAUGCUCUAUCUGAAUCAUGAAAGUUUAUUUUGGCCUAGACUGUCCCUUUAAAGGAACAUUGCACUCAAAAAUAUUCUGCCAUUCAUAUUAAAGAGCAGUAUUUAUACAUGUUGAAAUUGUGUUGCAUGAAACAUAUACACUAAAAGCUGUUUAAAUUGAAACUGAUACAGCACAUUAUAAAGCUCACUGGCUAAUAUGUACUUCCAUUAAUGUUUAUUGGCUGAUAGAUACUAUACUGCCAAUGCUCAUUGUCUCAUAUGUGAUUCCUGCCAAUGCUCAUAGGUACUUCCUGCAAAUGCUAAUAUUUAAAUGCUGUUUUAUAUCAAUCAUAGAAGUAUGCUGGCUGUCUCUGACAUUUAUAUAGCUUUAAUAUGUUGUUUGCAAUUGCACUUAACUUCUUUAGGCCUACAUUACAAGUGGAGUACUAUCGAUGAUCCUUUAAUUUUUGUACGCUAUUACAAGUGAAUGGUAAAACUAGAUAACCAGAGAAUGUUCAGCAUGUCCUAUACUUUCAAUGGAUAUCACAUCAGAGCUAAACAUCAAUAAUAUUACAAGCUGAAAGUUAUGUGUUGCACAAAUAACUGCACAACUUGAGAACAGAAUUGUUAGGGCUAGAAUAAAAGUAUCACAAAACACAUGUAAAACAUAUAUACUGUAUGUGUGUAUAUUUGUAUGUAUAUAUGUGUUUAUAUGU